AUGCCAAGUUUUAUGCCCUCUCAACCAUUCAGCAAUGAGAACGAGACCUUGGUGGUUCAGUUUUCAGUAAAAUAUGAGCAAGGCAUUGAUUGUGGUGGCAGGUAUGUGAAACUCUUUCCUGACACCUUGAACCAGGAGGAUAUGCACUCUGAGUAUUACAUCAUGUUUGAUCAUAAAGACACUCACCUGUACACUCUGAUUAUUCACCCUAAUGCUACUUAUGAGGUCAAAAUAGACAACCAGCAAAGGAUCCUGAAGAUAAGAAACCUGAGGACCGGGAAGACUGAAUUCAUCCCAGACCCGAAUGCCAAAAAGCCAGAGGACUGGAAUGAGGCAAUGGAUGGGGAGUGGGAAGGGCCUCUGAUACCAAACCUGAAGUAUAAGGGACAAUGGAAACCCCAGAUCAUUGACAAUCCCAAUUACCAGGGGGAAUGGAUUCAUCCAGAAAUAGACAACCCUAAAUAUAAGCCUGAUCCCACCAUUUGUCACUAUUACAACAUCAGUGUCCUCGGCCUGGACCUUUGGCAGGUGAAAUCAGGAAGCAUCUUUGACAAUUUCCUUCUUACAAAUGAUGAAAAGUUUGCGGAAGUGGUUGGAAAUAAGACCCAAGGAAUAAGAAAAGACAUAGAGAAGCAACGGAGAGAACUGCAUGAAGAAAUGGAAAAAAGAAAACAACAAGAAGAGGCCAAGAAGAAGAAUGAAAAAGAGAAGGAAAGGGAAGGUGACAUCGGGGGAACUGAAGAAGAGGGAAGUGAAGAGGAUUCAGCUGAGGAAUCAGGAACUAACAGGCAGCUGAAGGAAGAUGAUGCUGAAAGAGCAUUUCUGGAUAAACAUGUUUGCUGGCUUUACAUUUAUCUUUCCUGUACCACUGGCUCACAACAUUAUUAUGUGCAUUCAUGCAGCAAUUUACAGAUCACAAGCGCUUUCCCAUAAAUUUGAGGAGUUCCUGCGAUGUGCUCAUUUAAUCCUCAUAGCAGGUAUUGUAGAAAAUAUCAUUAUUAUCUUCCUUUUACAGAAUCAGAAACUAAGAGCUGGCAAGUCACUUGCUCAGGGUUAAAAAGCCAGUAAGGGGUGGGGCCAGUAUCUGAACUCAAGUUUGUCUGACUCCAAAGAUCAUCCUUCCAUUGCAUUAGGCUGUGUGUCGAAUGGAUGAGUAAACAUCUGUUGCUCUAGAAUACGGAUAGUAGGCCAGUCACACAUAGAAAAAAAUAUCCUUUAGAGAAAAAUAAUCACAAAGUAAUUUUCCUCUUUUAACAAUUUUCUCAAAAAAAAAGAAAAAAAAAGACAAACACGUGUUCCCUGGUGGC